CCAUUUACAUACGUCAACAUGGUAAAGUGUCUUUGCUCAAGGACACAUAUAGACUAGCAGGGCCGGGAAUUGAACCCACAACCUUCCAGUUGAAAGACAACUCCAUGGCUCAACCCUAGCUCCUCACCUUUAUACUUUAGAAAAAUGACUUUUGUGACAUCAAUUUCUACCAAAGCAAUUUUCUGGUAACAUGCUUGUACUUUUACUCAAGUAUCUAGUAGUUCAAGGUACUUCAUACAAGAAGACUGUGUGUAGUUGUGUGAUCAGGAGAGAGGGUGAGGGGAUUGGUCAGACGCUCCACGUGGCUGAAACCUAAACAGCAGCGUAGACUGGAGCAGCCACAGGAUGAAGCAGCAGCAGCAGCAGCUCCAGCAUCCUCCUCACCCUCCGCGCACAGGCGCACGUAGGUGCGGCGGUGAAAACAAGUCAAAGCAGGACCGUGUGAGCGAAUAGUAAUGUAGUGCGCUGACAGUGAGCAGCAGCAGCAGCAGCAGCAGCCAGACAGCACGACGCUGCUUUCCACCGAGGAGCUUCCGCCGCGAGAAGGAAAACAAACAAAGGCACAACUGAGACUGACGAUGAUGCUUUUCCUUUUUGGAGGCUGAUCUCGUCUGAGCCGCACAAGCACCGCCGCACCCACAGCCACCAUGGGCUCCAGACUGAGCAGACAGAACAGUCUGGACAACGAGAAUUUCUCCAAGAAGCGACGCAAGCUCGCGGACAGCGCGGGGGACGCGGACAGGGACAGGGGCAGCGGCAGACAGGGCGGCGGGGACUUUCUCUUCGCACUGAUGCUGAAAUCAGACAAACUGCCCGGGAUGCUGCGGAGGACCAACCACAGCCCGUACAUGAGGCGGGUGGCGUGGAUCAAAGAGAUCCAGAAGCUGCUCCGCGACCGCAGGAUAGAGCAGGCGAGCGACGUGCUCCGGUCCCUGAGGAAGGAUCUGGGAUUAGAGGGCAGCUCGCUGAAUGACAUCUUGUAUAAAAACCCCGCCUUCCUCAACCUAGUGGACCCGAUUUCACACGAGCUGCUGCUCAGCCUGGCUCGGGAGAUGCAGUGUCCAAAAAAGGACGCGGACACCAUAAAGUCUUCGGAUAAGAUUUGCAGGCAGCUGAUCUACCACCUGACCCCGCACUCUAAGUGGCUGAGGCAGAGCAUGUCCAGACAGAAAUCCCAGGCCUGCCUGAAGACAACCCUUCAGAAAAAGCUGUCCAGUGACACCAUUGACUUGUCCGGCAUCCCACUGUCCACCCGUGAUGUCCGUCAAGUCGUCUACUACCUCCAGAGCAACAGAGACACUGUGGUGGCCGUGGACGUCAGCUUCACCGAGCUCCACGAUGAAAACUUGAAGCUCCUCCUGCCUCUUCUCGCCUCGCUGCCCAAACUCAGCACCCUCGCCCUCAAUGGCAACCGCCUCACCCUGGCCAUACUCAAAGACCUCACCGAGAUGCUCAAAGACCCCAAGAUGUUUUCCAACCUGUCCUGGAUCGACCUGGGCAACAACGUGGACAUAUUCACCAUGCCCCAACCGCUGCUGGUCGCGCUGCGCCGACGCUGCAGCCUGAAGAGCAGCUUGCCAACCAUCUACGAGUACACGGAGGGCCAGCCCUACUGCUACCACCUGGAGACCUCCAUCGAGGAGCCCAGCCACUAUGAGGAGGAGGAGGAGGAGGAGGGGGAAGAGGCGGAGGACGACGACGAGGACGACAUGGACGACAAGUCCGAGCUGGAACCUUGGGGUUUGGGGAAGAAGCAGCUCUCCAAAGAUUUCACCCUUCACUACUGUGAGAGGUGAUGAGGUGUUUUCGCCCCCCCCGGAGGCUCGCUCACCUGUGGAUGCGAUGUCAUCCCACAGCGCUCCGUUACCUCCUUCGCCCCCUGCCCCCCCCCACACACUACGAGCCCAGUCAUCCUUGGAGGCACGAGGGCGACCCAGUGCCCACAUUGUGAAGUUCUCGCCCCCCCCCCCCCCAAAACAUAGCUUAUCAAUGUCUCUGAAUUCACUCACUCAAGAUAGUGACGGUCACAACAGCAGACUUACCGUGUUGGUGGAUGGCGCUCUUAGGAACAAGGUGCGGUUUCAUUGGAGGGGGGGCGGAAGAUUUAAAGAACCGACGCUCGCUCUCUCGCUCUAUCUCUCUGUCUCUGACUGCGGCAGUCCCGAGGAAAUGAAAAUCAGUCGGUUGGAUGGCGGAGCGGCAUCCUUGUGCUCGCUGAAGUGGGAGUCUGGUUGUGGAGUUCCUCUGGGUCCUCGACCGGGACUGAGCGGCGUCUCUGGCAGCCAGGGCCUCGCUCCACAUUGUGUGUGUUCUCUGUUAAUCUCUCAACAAAAGCUGUGACACAAGUUCAACAGACUAUACAAGGCCAGUGACCUGUCACGUGACGGCCGGCAAAACUGCUAGGUCAAGACUUUUUUGUCCCCCCACCCCCCCCGUUCCACAUGUCAACUUGUGAAUGCCCACGCGUCUCUUGUGUAGAUGUAAAUGAGGACACAAAAAAAAACGUGGCUCUGUUGUGUUUCCACAGGCUGUUUUUUGUGCACUUUGGGUAAACAGAGAAGUCUUAGAAGACGACGUGGGUAGGGAAUCCUUUUUUUUUUCUAUGUCCUAAAUGACCUUGUUGUUAUUGAACGGUUGUAGCCGUCGCCACAGUGUUCUCCGUACGUUUACGACACGACGUCCAGCCGUAGUGCGCGCCGCGCUCCGUGCCCCUAACUGCCCUUCCUACUGCCAUUUGUCUCCACAAGCACGUUGACAUUUACAUUUAUUGAAAUCCAAUGGGCCCGUGUCGUGUUUUUAUUACGUGACACAGCCGUGACUGUUACUCAGUGGUUGUAAUCUGUCUCCAGUAGCACACGACGAUUAAGUUCAACUGACCGGAACACUGCGAUGCACUUUUACGGCAUUAUUGUUUUUUUUAUAUUUCAGUUUCUCCACAGCGUAUAUAUAUAAUAAUACUGUGUUUAUAGAUGUAUUUACGGAGCAGGCGGAGAGCGCAUACCUCAUUAAAGGUGAAAAUGACGACCAAAUGGCUCGUUAUGUUUAGGAGGGUCGUUUAAAACAUAACCAGAUAUAUGAUAACUGUCGAUGUGUGUUCUGUGUGUCCGUGUUCUUAAAUGUCCGACUACUGCAGUAAUGACUGUUUUGUCUUUUGUCCAGCGUGUGAAACUGAUCCCAGUGACCUGUGAACGAAAAAGGGAGCGGGAUUACGCGGCGAAGCGGAGGGAAUCCUAAUAACGGAGAGCACUGGAAACUCUUGUUUAGUUUUUUGUGUGUGUGUGUGCGUCGACGUCAGACUCUUCCUCGUUGUAGCUUGUGUGUACUCGUCUCGCGCCAAACACUGACUGCCAAUAAAACAACAAUAUCCAAAAUGA